GGGGGAGCGCCGCCUGGCCCGCCUCAAUAAAAGGCUCGUUCCAGCCGCUCGCCCGCCCGCCGCCCUCGUCUCCGCCUGCAGCAGCGCCAUGGCCGCGAGAACGGCGCUGAUCGUCCUGGCUCACGCCGAGCGCGCCUCCUUCAACCACGCCAUGAAGGAGGCGGCCGUGGAGGCGCUGCGCGCCAGUGGCUGGACCGUGGCCGUCUCCGACCUGUACGCCAUGAAGUUCAACCCGGUGCUUUCGCGGGACGACGUUACCGGCGGCGCCCAGGACCCGCAGCACUUCAGCUACCCGGCCGAGACGCGCCGGGCGUGGGAGGAGGGCCGCCUGAGCAGCGACAUCGUGGCCGAGCACCGCAAGCUGGAGGCGGCCGACCUGGUCAUCUUCCAGUUCCCCCUGCAGUGGUUCGGGGUGCCGGCCAUCCUGAAGGGGUGGUAUGACCGCGUCCUCACGCCGGGCUUUGCCUACUCCUACGCGGGCAUGUAUGAACGGGGGCCCUUCCAGAAAAAGAAGGCCCUGCUGUCUUUCACCACCGGGGCGCAGGGCUCCGCCUACACGCCCCACGGCAUCAACGGAGACAUCAACGUCGUUCUGUGGCCUUUGCAGAGCGGUACCCUGCACUUCUGUGGCUUCCAAAUCUUGGAGCCCCAGAUAGCUUUCGGUAUUGCCCACACACCAGCAGAGGUUCGGGCUCAAAUCCUGGAAGGGUGGAAGAAGAGACUGGCGACCAUCUGGGAUGAAGAGCCCCUUACGUUUGCCGUAACUGACAGCUUUGACCAGAGCUUUGCUGGCGGGUUUGUCCUGAAGAAAGAGGUCGAAGAACAGCUGGAAGAUCAGAAGUAUGGGCUGACAGUUGGUCAGCAUCUGGGGAAGCCACUCCCACCUGAUGGCCAGAUCAAAGCCCAGAAGAAAUAGCCACACCUGGGGAGCAUUGGUGGGGGAGGGCUAGCAGCCCCGUGCCUUUUCUGGGUUGCUUAGCAUUAUCUAGCAGGGUAGAAAGCAGGUUCUCCCCCUCUCCUGGUAUUAUUCUAGGCAUGUGCUUUCGUUAAACAGCUGUGAGGGGAAUCAGGCAACAGAGGGAGGGCAGGCAGGAAAGGCAGGGGAGGGGUCUUUCCCCAGGGUCUUCGCUGUACCUGGCCUUAGGAUGUAGCUGCUUCUCUACUAACGAACAUACCAAUUGUCAUUCCAACCAAGCCUGAGCACCCGUUUCUAGCAUUUAACACACUUUUCCAGGUGGGAAGAACAGGGGCAGAAAGCUAAUUUUCUAGAGGUUGCCUCCUUUUGUGGGCGGGGCUUCUCUUCCAGCAGACUGUUUAUGUGUAAACCUGAGUCUUCAAAUAAAGAGGAUUUUUUAACCACUGCAA